AUGGGCAGUUUUCGACCCUCCAACGUGUGGCCCAAUCUCGUAGCAAAACUCGAUUGCCAGCCUCUCAUGCUCACAUCUGAAGAACAAUUGAAAUUAGUUAGAAAAAAUGCGCACCAACGGGCGCUUCAGCUCGUCACUAGGACAUACUCUCUUCUGUCGAGGAACUGGUCCAGGGCAAGAUGCACGGUCGGCUGGAGCUUGGAAACUGAAUGUCCUGCUUUUCCCCAUUAUGUCAUUGAAGAGCAUGUAAGACGUGUCAGAAAAUCUGGGAUUCAUAGCUCUGGAUUCAAGGAUUUCUUGUUGAAGCCAGAACUCUUGAGGGCUACUGUAUAUCAAUACUAUCACUCUACCUCGGAGAAGUUGAAUGUUCAACACGAGUGCAUUCCUCAAGAAAUUCUUGGGAUGGAUGUUAUUUGCCAAGCCAAGGCUGGUAUGGGGAAAACUGCUGUGUUUGUUCUUUCGACGUUGCAGCAGAUUGAACCCAUUCCAGGUCAAUUUGCGGCUCUUGUUCUAUGUCGUACUAGGGAACUAGCUUAUCAGAAGUUGAUUCUUGCUCUUCUAAUUGUUAAUUCUGACGUCUUGGUCAUCUUAAGAGUCAAAAAAAUGAUGGGAGUAUUUUUCCAUUUAGGGAGAGGGAGACAUCCAGGUAACUGGUGCGUACAAGGGGCACUACACCGAGGAGCGGAGCUAAUCGACGAUAUGCUUGAUGUCGUCAGGAAGGAGAGGCGGAGAUUGCCUUCGAGGUUCAAGCGUGGCCAAACUCAGUCUAUUUUUAAUCUGCAAUUCUCACCUUCGAUGUACCAGCUUUUGAUUAUUUGGGGAAAAAAAAAAGAAAAAAAUCAAUGGUAUAAGAGCUUUAUGGAUAUUGCGUUUACGGAUAUUGCUUGUUGUGUAUUGCCAAGCCUUGCUCCUUCUUUCCUUUACAAUGUUCAAGAUGGCGCUGUGCUGUCAGCUAUUUUCGAUGAAUCUUUCCCCUUUAAGUUAUCGAAGGAAGCAUUGUUAAGCGCAAACCGUGAUAUUGAUGCAUCAUUUUGUAAGGUGAAAUUUAUGUACUUGAUGAUGUAUUAUACUUGCUUUAUUAUCUGUACUGAUGAGAAUAUUUACAUAGUGAAGGAUGCUUCCAAAUACAACAUCAAUUAUGGCACUACAGCAACAGUUGUAGUUGUACUUCUAGCUGAUAAUCAAAUGCUUGUUGCUAAUUUAGGCGAUCGAAAGGCAUUCUUUGUGUUCUCAACUGUCUGUAGGGUAGCUAGGGACAAAAGAGCUGAUGGUGUUUCCUCAUCCUUGAAGGAGUACCAUCACUUGAAGUCGAUGGCGUCUAAUGGAUUGACAUAUUUAUUUACCAAGAAACUGACAAACGAUCACCAUCCUUAUAGACAUGACGAAAAUCCCGGGUUGAAUCUGCUGGAGGCAAUAUCACGGAGUGGGCUGGUGUAG